CUCGCAAUGAAUCUUUAGAGAGAACAACGAUCAACAAAACGAGAGCAGCGAAACCUAUAGAAAAUCAACCAAUUGAAUGAAUUAUUGAUACGAUAUUGAUACCCUUCAGAGUUAAAUACAUAGUUUCCCGUUUCCAACAUGAAGUCUGAUAGAAAAAUAGAUAUUCUAGACGACCCUACAGGUUCCCCCGAUAAUGGUUCGGAUAAGCCGAAAGCAACGUCGACAAAACGGAUUCGUAGGUCAUAUCAACAACUUGACCGCACCUUUGCUUGUGAGGAUUGUAAUCGUAAAUACGCGUCGGAGCACUCAAUGAAUCAGCACAUCCGACUGAAACAUGUAUCACCGACGCCGCCAUUGGCCAUGCUGGGCAAGAAUCCUUUCCUUUUACCGAAAUCAGGACAGUCCAGUGUAGGGGUGAAAGAGAACGCCCUUGGAGAUGACCAAAAACAGUCCGAAUCAAUUCGUGAUCAGAUGAGCCCCUCGUCGACGAGUUCUGCAAGGGGGUUACAACCCCAUCACCACACAGGUGGCAUUACGAAAAGUGAGCCUUGUCCACGAGCCUUUGAAUCUCGCAGCAGAUAUGAAAAUUACCAUGUUGAUCAUGUAAGACGACGUGCUGCGGCAAGCCACUACCCGCACAUGCGGGAAGAUUUCGCAGAUCAUCGCAAUUAUAUGUGGAACGAAGCCGGCCACUCGCGUGAUGCAUAUUCAGAACCUAUAGAUAACCCGCUAUGGACCAGAAUAAUACAUUCUAUAAAUCGGCAGCAGGAUUUACACAGAGAUGGAUUUCUGCAUGAAGAGGAAUAUCACGAGCGAGAACCCCAUUAUCAUAGUGAUUACAAUAGUCGAUACUAUGGACCGCGUUGGCGGCCUCACGAACGGGCAUAUUCGUAUCAAUAUGCACACCAUGAACCAUACACACGAUCAUCCAAGCCUAUACGACUGACUAAUAAUGGUGGCAAUCGUAUGGCGACGCCUGAGUCGCAGUAUCCUGGUGGAUCUGAUUUGUGUAGGAGAACAGACGUGUAUCCAAAUGGCUCUCAACGAAGGCAGACAUCGGCGGUCGGAAAUAUACAUUUUUCACAACAGACUAGACCGGUUGGGUCCUACUUGUACGGUGAUGCACGACCAGGUGGUUUCCAUGUAGGAGGUAGUGAGAGAUACAGGCACACAGGCCCCAGCUCACAAGUUAUCACCAACAGGCGAACUGAUAACCCGACUAUACCAAGGCCCAUGAAGGAUGCGAGCUUCAAUAGAUGUGUUCGUACAAAGAGUAUUCCGACGGUGGUCCUGCAAGACAGAAAGCCAAAUGCGAGGAAGAUAUCCACACGAGUGUCAGUGGGUAGUGAUACGGAUACAGCCGAGUGCGCAGCAUCAUGUUCAAACUCGUCGUCGCCGACUAGUGACUGCCGUUCGCAGGUGCUAGCAAAUACUCUGAGCACUGUAAACAUUCGCACACCUGAUAUCAUCUUGACUGAUCAGAAGUCCUGUGAAUUGGGUGUCAACAGGAUUGAGCAUGCAAGCAGUUCACAUAUUUGUGAAGAUAAUGCUGCUGGGCAGAAUACUAUUAUUCGUACUUACGUAAAGAAUAUGAACUUGUCUCGGUGCUUGUCUGCGAAUACGGAAGUAUUCGAAGAUAGUUCUGUGGAGGCUCUAAUGAGUGAAAUUACACAGCUGUCAUCAGACGAAACAAAAGACUGGGGCGUUGACCAGAUAGACUAUACGGCUUUCUCAAUUGCCGAUUUGGACUUGCUCGAGCCAUUUUGUACGACAUCUACUGAUCACGCGGCGGGAGCUAUUCAAGUUUAAAUUCCUGGCCUCAGUGGGUAAAAAAUUGAGUGUUUGCUUUCUAUCUGCAUAAUUUAGACUAUUAAAGUCUUUCC